UGGCGGCGGCAACAUGGCGGAUGUGUUAAGUGUCGGCGUGAACCUGGAAGCCUUUGCCCAGGCCAUCAGUGCCAUCCAGGCGCUGCGCUCCAGCGUGAGCAGGGUGUUCGACUGCCUGAAGGAUGGCAUGCGCAACAAGGAGACGCUGGAGGGCCGGGAGAAGGCCUUCAUUGCGCACUUCCAGGACAACUUGCAUUCGGUCAACCGGGACCUCAAUGAGCUGGAACGGCUGAGCAACUUGGUGGGCAAGCCUUCUGAGAACCAUCCUCUCCAUAACAGCGGGCUGUUGAGUCUGGAUCCCGUGCAGGACAAAACCCCUCUCUACAGUCAGCUCCUUCAGGCAUAUAAGUGGUCAAACAAGCGCUUCUCUCCUGUGGUCCGCGCCUGCUCUGGGCCAGCCCAUAUGUUUUGCCGCUUCACUUGCCAGCCGUACACGGAUGACACCGCACUCCAGCCAGCCUAGAAGCUCGCCUGAGAUCCUGACCCGUGUCAGAGUGCCCGCUGGACAUCUGCACUUGGGACUCACAGGCUUCUCGGGUAGAAGGAGCCCAGAACGGAAACCCUGCCCCCGCCCCCAGACCUGCUCCUCGUGGUGGGGUGCCUGGACCCUCACACCUGCUGACCAAGAUCUACUGAUGCCACCUCUCCAAAACCGCUUAGUCUUUCCUCCUGACCUUGACUGCCGCUGUCUGAGCCCAGGCCCCCCUUAUUGCUUGGGGCAAUGCUACUGCCUCCCCUCUGGCUUCCUGCCCCUUCCCACCCACUGCAGCCAUUUUCCGCUCGGCAGUUCCCAGGGACCUGGACAAAGGAGACACCUGAUAGGUUGCUCCUCAGUGGUUUCUUCCAUCUCCCUUAGGAUCAAUUCCAGCUCCCGGCUGGCAUUGGGAGGCGUUUUAGUUAUCGCACCCAGGGGCCUGAGUCCAGAAGCAGACAGACCUUUGGCCAGACUUCUUAGCCUCAGUUUCCUCAUCUGCAAAAUGGCACGAACAGUCCUGCGUCUUAGGGAGGCUGUGAGGAUUACGUGGACACGGCCUUGAGCAUGCAGUGCAGAGCCUGGCAGGUGACCUGUUUACCAUUAGCAGUCCAGGUGCAGGGCCUCAUGGCCUGGCACCGGCUCCCUUCUCUAGCCCCCACCCUUCCUUCCUUUCUUCCUUUCUUUCUGGGGGAAAAAACCCCUAAACUUUUUAUUGUGGAAAGUUUCAAAUUCCACAAAAGUAAGAGAAUUAUCUAAUGAGCCAUUGUCUACUCAGCUUCAACAAUUAAGAAUAUUUUGCCACUCUUAUUUCAUUGAUUUCCACAUCCCCCUACUCUCUUUUCUGGGGGUCAGGGGUGAGGACUGGAGUAUUUGAAAGCAAUGCCCGACAUCAUGUCAUUUCAUCGGGAAUCCUUCAGCGUUCAGCUUCCUUUCUUCCCACUUUCCCUGCUCUUAUUUUUGCCACUUCUUGUCUGCAAAAUGCAUUGCGGUUCCCCAGAAUCUUCUGAUCUCAGGGUCUUUGCACACGCUCUUCUUCCUUCUCCCUCCUUUCUUUGGAAAAGUCUUAGUCAUUUGGGUCUUAGACUUCCUCUGGGAAGUCUUCUGAGAUGUACCCAGAUUAGGUGCCCCUGCGUUUACACCUGUGACAGCUUUUAUCCUCCUCUGCUUGUUCAUUAUCCCCACAAGGGUAAGCCCUGUCCUGUGUUAGGACUUAGACUUUGGGUGUUAUCUAACACCUUUGAGCCUCAGCCUGCUGGACUAGAAAAUGGACAUAAUACCAAUCUCAUCGGAUUGGUCUGAAUGUCUAAUUAGAAACUGUAUAUAAGGUUUCUGGUUCAGGGUAGGAUGUAUAGUGGCCUUUAGGAAAUAGUUGUUACUGCAGGUAGCUAUUUCUAAGUAAAUUGAAGCCUCUAAAUCUCUUCCUCUUCCCUUUUCAGACGACCAGUUUGAGCUUUCUCCCUUCUGAGUCCGCUGCUAUUUACUUGCCCUUGACUUUUUGCAGCUUUGUGCUGUUAUUGGGUGUGGGGGCACUGAAAGGGAGGAGGUGUGGAAGGGAGCGCCUAGAGGCUUUAUCCCUUCUCUGGCGGCCACGCCCUAAUCUUAAGGACCUCUGGGCUGGGCUCAGGAGUUCCGCCCCUGGGUCCUGUGCCUGUGCCGUCAGCAUUCCCCUUCUUUUGCAGCAGUCACCUGUUUGUUUGGGAGGCUCCAGCAGCCUCUCCGGAGCUGGUUGCCGCGCUCCCUGGGCCGGCGCCCUGCUCGGCCUGCUGCUUUUCCUCGCUGACUUGACCAAGUGACUGAAACUCCCAAGACCCUCGCUCUCCCCGGGGACAGUAUAAUCAUCUAGUAGGUUCUGGCAAGUCAGUAGCUUGUUGCACCGUCAAACUUGCCUCAACCCUGUGGAUUGGAGGCGCUUUCUGAAAUCUCUAGUUUUGUUUGUGGCUGCUCCGCUAGACGCAGCCCGGUUCCUCUGGGAGGAGCCCAGAGAUUAAAGCGCUGCUGCAGAGAAGCCUCCAGAAUGACCAGGCAGAGCUGAUCUGGUCUGUGUUUGCCCCACAGGCUUUCAGCAGCUGCCCUGAUCGCACUGCCGCAGCUGCUCGUCCUCCAGGUCCGUCCCCUCUCCUCGAGCGUUGGGGCUCUGGUGUCACUUUGAAGGCCUCCCGUCGGGGACACAGUAGACACUCGUAAUUGAGCCCCCCCCAGCCUCCCCAUAUUUCCAAACAGACUCCAGGCACUGUGCCUCCUCUGGCCAAGUGUUAGAUCUCAAGGGGACCUCCACGAUCAGGUGGGGCAGCGCCCCUUCUUUUAUAGAGAGAGUGACUUGUCCAAGGGCCACACGGCCAGCCCUUUAACUGGGACCCGCAGUGUUCGGUAGCCUGAAAAGGGAAUGCCAUCCGGAUGUCCAGGCAAGCAGAGAGGUUUCUUCCGCUGUUGAAGCCCAUUAAAAUAUUGCCAUUUACCUGUGGUUUUGUGUCUGCUGAUCCCCCUGUCAGUGAAGCAGGAGCAGUGGUCAGUCCACAUGCUGUAUCAGAGGGAACCACGGCGGUGGGUGUGACCCAUUGACAGCUGCAGACCAAGACUGCGCGGGGCCCAGCCCAGGCAUGGAUGUGGCUCAGGGCAAUUGCCUCCACCUCCGUGAGCAGAGCAGCCCCAGCCCCGCAGAUUCGGAGAGGCAGGUGACCUCAUCUGCUUCAAGCUCCGACGUGGCAAGUGUGAAUGAGGAGUGGGGUCUUAGCAGCUAACUGGCGUGCCAUGAAAAGAAAGGCACUGCCUUGGAGCCUCUUAUCCCCGUCCUGGCGUGGGUGGGGGCCCCAGGGAUGACUGUGUAAAGAUAAGCCCCCUGCCCACUUCUUUCCCCUUUUUAACAGGAGUUGUACUUAGUCCUCCAGUGGGUUCAUGGAAUGCCAGUUGCUCUUAUUUUUUCCCCGUUUGGAUGUUUCUGUGUGUUUUAGGGUUGGAGGGUUACAUCGUACCAUCAUGAUUUUCAGUCAGUAGGCUUCUCGAAUUAUCGAUCACUUAUUAGUAGUUGCCGCCACUGAGCAUUUGGGCUCGGCGCUCUUCCGAUGACCGUGCGCAGUGGAUUUGGAAGCGAGAGAGUCUGCAGGUCUUGAGCGUGUGCGUGCAUUCGUGCGUGAGAGAGUGGGUGCACUUGGUGUAAAACGCUCAAUCAUGUUAGUUUCCAAACUGCUUUUGAGUAGUGUGCUGUUUGCUAGGAAGUAUCUAAUCCGCCUAUUGAACACGUGUUUAUCGGGCAUCUACUAUGUUUCAGGCACUGUUCUAGACUCAGUGAAGGAACCUGAUCAGCUCCCAUCUUCCUGGAACUCAGCAUAUAUCCAGCUCUCGAACUGGAUCAGCAUGCCCAAAGCACAUGACUUUAACAGUAAUUCCUGACUCCACUAUUGGUCUUUUUCCCCCCUUAAUCAGUGGCCUUUCUAUGCCUCAGUUUACCUGUCUUUACUGUCAGAAAGGAGCAUAACUGAUAGGGUGCUGGGUGACUUAAUUGACACCUGUAACUUAUCUAGAACAGGGCCUGAACAUAAAGGAAAUUUUGUCUUGCACUCCGGACAUCUUAAAUAUCAUCCUGUUUUUAUAGUUUGGUGCAUUUUAAUUCUGUCUUGUGCUUAACGCAGAUGCAAAUUUAUUGCUGUAAUGUACACUUUUCUGGUUUGUUUGCCCUUGGCAUGUCACCAGUUUGCCCAUAUUCUGCUGUAGCCUAAGGUUGCGCUUGUUUUUCUUUU